AUGGAUGAGACAGCGUCGCUCUUCUUCCAGCUUACUCCGCAGCAAUCUCUCCCGCCUCGGGUGAACGACGUUCCCGCAGCCGCCGAUUGGUUGCGAAGCUUCGCCGGUCACAGCUGGCUGGCUUACGGCGCAGGUGGCUGCGUUGUAAUCACAACCGCUCCGUGGCUCGUGCACGGCAGCGGCGCGCGAGAGGACAGCCUGCCACGUGGCGCCCGUUUCUAUCACCAGGUCCUGGAACUCCCGCCGUCGCUCAAUCCAGAAUCUGCUGAUGUGGAUCUCGCGAACCGCUCAUUCCCAAUCUUGGCUGACCAGAGGAGACCAGAAGAGGAAGCUGCAAGAAAAUUUCCGUGUGUGGAGGAUAGGGAUCAGGUAGCCGUUGUGACAUGGGCAGCACCGGAUAGCACCUUGGCGGGCGUUCUAGCUGCAGCUAAGGGAACAUGCAUUUACCUCUUUGCUCCGAGUUGCCAAGAUAUCCCCCUCUCAUGGCGACCCGCUCAGUUGAUCCAUCCAGUUCCCUUCCAAGGUCAUCUCCCUCGGCUGGACUUACUGGACAUCCCCCUCUCAUGGCGGCCUGCUCAGCUGAUCCAGUUCCCCUCCAAGGUCAUCUCCCUCGCCUGGACUGGUUCAGCAGACAGCCUUCUGAUCAGCGGCGAAUCGAAUGUCGCCAUGUGGCAUCGUUCCAAGAAGAAGCAGCUGAACGCGCCCCUGCUGCAGCCGCUGACGUGUCUGUGGCAGGUGCAGACAAGUGUCGCGCAGGGACUGGCUGCGACCUCGCUGCAUGCGGAUGGGUUUGCUGCUACUGCUGAUGUGGCAGUAGGAGAAGGAGGAGGAGGAGUUGGAGGAAGAGUUGGGACAGCGUGGGGACGGCCGAAGGGUAUGGCUAGGGUCUGGUAUUACUGGGGAGACCAGUGCUCCACAUCUGAUGGUGGUGGUGAUGGUGAUGGCCAUGGGGAGGUUGCAAGCAGACAUCAAUUGGUUAACGGGACGAGUGAGGGAGUUGUGGGUGUUUCAGGAAGAGAUGACUCAGGAGCGGGUGUAGGGGAUAUGGAAGGCGAUGACGAUGGGGAGGGUGCGGAGGAGGAUGGUGAGGAUGAUGAGGAGGAAGAAGAGGACGAUGAUGCGGUGUCUGUUGUUGAUCUGCCACACCCCGCACCUGUGCUGGCAGUCCAGUGGAGGCCACAAGAUACAGCCUCCAAGCCUUUGUCUUCUUCUGGGGUAGGUGCAACUAGUGCAGGUGGAGCUGGAACGGGUGGAUCAGGUUCGGCGCCGUACCACCGUCCGAUCCUGUUGACCUGCUCUGACGAUGGCACAGUACGGCUCUGGAUGGAGAUUGACAGUGGCAGCAGUCGAGCCAAGGCUGGAGGCUCGGCAGGAGCAGCAGGUUCGGGGAGCCGGACCGGGAGCAGAUUGAGCUCGCCGAAGCACCCUGGGAGCAGCAGGUACGGGAACCAGAACGAGAAUCCGAACCUGGAGGCUGGGUUCGGUCAGAAGAGAAGGAAGGGGGCAGAGAGGCAAUCAUCUGAAGAGGGGAGAUGGGCGCCCCCUCCUGCUUUCUUUGUCUGCGCUGUUGUUGAUGGGAACAUGACACUUGGAGGGAGAUUGGGAAUGGAUAUAUCUGUGCUGUGGGCAAAAGAGGUGCGGGUGGGUGAUGGGAGUAAGAGUGUGAGUGUGGGAGGAGGGGGAGGGGGAGCAGCAGGAGGAAAGGGGUCAUUCGGGGUUGAGGUGAUACAGGGAGGUGACGUGGCGCCCUGUGAGUGGCUGGUUGGCGUGGGGCCACGUGGGACUGUGGUUCUCUGGGCAGUGUUUUGCCUGGAUGACACUUCACCUCCUCGCUGUCCACGCGUGAUGAUGUGGCAGCAGGCAACUGGCGUUCUUCAGGAUAAGGCUCUCAGCCACAGCAAUCACACGCACCUUCAGAGUUACAGCAAUCACACCCACCCUUCCAGCCCCACAACCCACCUCAUAUCAGCCAUCGUGCAAAGAGUUACCGGCCAGUCCGGGAGCCCUCCCAUGGCUGUCGAAAUCGCAGAGAAGCUACCUGGAAGCUUCGUGCGCUGGUCCCGCCUGUGGCCGCCCGUGCUAGCGAUCGGAGCCGGGGGGAAACUUGGGGGCAGGAUUGGUGGCAGCGCGGCGGAUGGGCAUGGGGCAACAGGGGGGGUCGGCGGAGGGGCAGCACAGCAUGGCAGUACGGGCUACAGCAGCCACAACAGCAGCAGCAGCAGUCACAUGAGCAACAGCGGCGGCGGUGCCAUUGCGAGCAGCAGGAGGGCAGCAUGGGGAUCAGUGAGUCAGCACGUGCAUCUGGCAGGGCACAGAGGGGCGAUCACAGAGGUAGCUGUCCACCCAGCUCCAGGCUUCCCUCUUGCUGCCACCUUAGAUGCUCAUGGUGACACUCUCCUGUGGGGCCCUCGCGCCCCUCCCUGGCUCCCCCUCCUCACGGAAACCCCGGAAGGUGCUUCUAACGAGUGGGUUCUGCUGGGCUCGCUUCCGCCAGCUGUCCCAGGCAGUGGGGGAGGUGGAUAUGAGAGGGGUUUUGCACGGCUGGCAUGGGCGCCUGUUCUGCUGCCAGGUGGCGGCAGCGUAUUGGCUGUUGCUGGCACUGGGAGUGUGGAGCUGUAUCUGGUGAGGCGUAUACGUGAGGAAAGGGAUGGCGAGCAUUCAGGGGGGGGCGAGCAUCAUGGGGGGCAUGGGGGUCCGGGGGGGGGUUAUGCUGGUGAUGCAGAGGAGGAGCGUGUAGAGUGCAGCUGGCUGUGCUCUCUCACUCUCCUGAACGCAUUCCCUGAAGCACCUGUAGAGGAAGCUGCAGGUGGUGCUACCACAGCUGCCGCUACAGCUGCUGCCACAGCUGGUCCGUUCCUGGGUGUUGCCUGCCUGCCUCACACGCCCCACUCUGCCACCCAUUCUGCAUCCUCAACUCCAACGAAUUCAGCAGCUGCAGGUCCUGCCAGGCCAGGCAGAGGAGAGAGGAGGGGGAUUCGAGUGGUGGGUGUGGGACAGGGCGGGCUGUGUGUGUGCGUGUGGACUGUGGAAAUAUGCGUUCAGAGGGGUGAGGCAAGGGCGAGAGUGCACACAGAGAAGGAGUCCGUGGGAUUUAGGGCUAUUACUGACGAGGGGAAAGCAGGGGAAGGCGAGGAAAGAGCGGAAGGAGUGGAGGGAGCAGCAUGGGAAGAAAAUGCUGUUGGCUGGCUGGUGGGUGUGUGUGGAGCCGAGGGAGGAGGGGAGGAAGGAAAAGGAGGGGAACGAGGGGAGGGAGAGGGCGGAGAGGGGGUGGCAGCUGUAACGACAAGCACACGUGUGAUCAGGUUUCCCAGCAGCCGCCGGGUCACGUGCCUGCACUGCGCCCCUGUGAAUGACUCCAUAUGGGCGUCUCCUCUUAAAGCAGGUGGUGCAGGUGGUGCUUUGCAUCAGGGAGGAGGGAAACAUGCCGCUGCUGAUGGUACAGGGACAGCUGGUACUGCUGGUGCGUCUGGUUCUUCUGAACUGCAGGCAUUGCAAGAGAUGUUGAGUCGAAGGGGUUGGUUGGAGGAGGCUGGCGGUUUGCUUUCAGGGGCAGGAGCUGGUUCUGCAACUUCCGGGCAGUUUGAAUCUGGGAAGUUUGAGUCUGGACAAUUUGGAUCUGGGCAGUUUGGUUCUGAGCAGUUUGGUUCUGGGCAGUUUGCUGCCCGUUUUGGGCUGCCCAAGGGGAAGCACGCAGAGGAGGAGGAGGAGGGUCUGCCUUAUGAGUUUGCAGUCGGUGCCUCUGCUGGUGGAUUGGCUGGUACCGGGGUUGGCACUGGCAGCGGCACUGCUGGUUCUGGUCCCGGUCAGGAUCGGGGAAGCGUGUACCAGGAAUGGAAUCGGUCUGGGGGAAGGAUCCAGGAAGCUUCUACAGGGAGGCGUGAUUCAGUGGAGGCGGUAAGGGCAGGGGGGUGGAAAGCCCCAGGGUGGGCGGGGUGGGUGGAGGUGGGGCGGGUGGAGCUGGGGGAGGUGGGAUUCGUGCGGUGCUUGUCGUGGGCCCCACAAGGGGUGCUGCUGGUGGGGACGGGGCAGCAGCUGCUGGUGAUCAGCCCUGUGAUGCGAGCUGAGGCAGCUGUAGAAGCAGUCGGGGCAGCAGGGGAAGGUGCAGGGUCAGCAGGAGCUGGUGCAGCGGAUGUGACACCAGCAGCAGCAGGAGGGGUAGGAGGAGCAGGAGCAGGUGGAGGAGUCAGGGCAGGGUUUACAGCAGGCAAGGCUGGGCUUGGGCUUGCCUAUUCCCGAGAGCCAUCCGCAGCAGACCUGUCCCUCUCCGUCUCCCCGUGGAUCUCCCCUGCCACUUCCCAGCUCAGCCUCACCUCCAUGUCGCACAUCAGCCUGACAGACCUUGCAGUCGUGGCUUCCCGAAGCGGCAGGUCCGGGGCUGGCGCGCAGGCUCGGCCCGUGGCUCGGGUGUCCAGCCGCCUGUCUCUGCCACUGUCAGCUUCAGACCCAGCUCUAGCAGCCGCUCAGAGUGUUCUGGCUGGGGCAGGCACAGCAGGGACAGGUGCAGGAGCAGGAAUAGGGUCAGGAGCAGGAGGGGCAGGAGGGGGAGGAGGGGGAGGAAGGGCAGGGGUGCUGGGAGGGGGACGAGUGUUGCCAUACACUCCGUCUGCCCCCAACUUUGGCCUUCUGGGCAGCCCUGCGAGGCGUGACGCUAGCAGCAGUGGGGGACAGUUCACCAGUGGAACAGGAGAGGCAGGAGGAGGUGAGGUGAUCGCAGAAGCAGGGUCGGAAAGAGAGGAUGUGAAAGUAUCCGCGCUGGUUCGUGCGCUGGACGGCAGCGGGCGGCUGUUGCUGUCUGAUGCGGUGGCAGCAGUGGCAUCAGUGGUACCAGAUUACCACCCCACGGUCAUCUGGACUCUACUCAACCAGGGAUUGCUGCCUUCUGCACGUGCAUGCAUCCGCCACCUCUCGCGCUCCCUCGCUGCAGCCCAAGCCAAGGCUCACAGUGCUCACAGCCAGCACCAGCCGGUGCACCUGCCGCGAAGGCUGCUGCUGCUGCCUCGUCCGGACGUCUGUCGGGGGGAUUCGGAGGGGAUUUUGGGGGAUUUGGAGGGUCUGGAGGGGGUUUUGCUGGGUUUAGCAGCACAGGAGAAAGUAGUAUGGGAAGCAGGUCUGGUGGGGGUGGGGGGGGGCGCUGGUCGGGGGACUAGUGCAAGGGCGAGUGGUGGUGGUGGUGGUGGUGGUGGUGGUGGUGGUGGUGGUGGUGGUGGUGGGUCCAAGCAAGCGUAUAAUCCUUUUAGUCUCGUGAACGUGAGAAGUGCUUUGGAUGACAGUGAUGGGGAGGAGGAGGGGGAAGAGGUGGACGUGGGAGGGAAGAGAGGGUCAGCUGGAGCAGGAGAGAGCAGCAAGGGUGCUGAUAGUGGUGGUGGAGGAGGAGGAGGAGGGUUGGGAGUGAAGGGUAGUGGCGUUGUUCCACCUGCAGUGCUGCGGUGGCAGCAGUUGCAGCAGCAGGUGCUGGUGGGGGGGCAAGCUCCUUUCACAGAGGCCGAAGCAACAGCCAUCUUCCAGGUGCUAUCUGAGGCAGGCGGGACCUGCAGCACAGGUACCUCCUCUGGUGGUGGUAGUGGUACACGGAUGGCUGGUGUGUGGUACACCUCUGGGUUGACAGCAGCGGAGGCGGACAUGGUGGUGGUGUUGUUAGACGUGCUCGCAGCCAUGGAUGGGGUGGGCGUGAAGGAGGAGGAGGAGGAGGAGGAGUUGCAGCAGCCUGAGGGUGGUUCUUCAUCGUCAGCAGUAACAGCAGCAGCGUCAGUGGCGCGAGCAGUCAAGGCUCUAGAUGAACCGGGGAAAAGCAGGCCCGGGGCAGGUUCAUCUGGGGCAGGUGGGCUUGGACAGCAGCAGCAACAGCAGGGGCAGGGGCAGGUGCAGGGGCAGCAGGGGCAGGGGCAGCAGCAGGGGCAGGGGGAGGGGCAGGAGGGGAAGCUGGAGGUGGAGUCGCGUGCAGUGGCGUGGGCGGUGCACACGGAGUCAGUGGGUGAUGUGGUGAAUGCAUGCCUGCAUGAUGCUGACAAACCCACGUGGGCGGGUCUCAGGGCCCUGGGAGUCGGGUACUGGCUCUGCAACACCACGCAGCUCAGACAGCUGGUGGGUGUAUGGCCAUCUAUAGUCUAUCUUGUGGUGGAGUGUGCUGGAGUGUGCUGGAGUGUGGUGGAUUGUGGUGGAGUGUGGUGGAGUGUGGUGGAGUGUGGCGCAGUGUGCUGGAGUGUAUUGGAGUGUGGUGGAGUGUGGCGGAGUGUGCUGGAGUGUAUUGGAAUGGAGCGGGUAGCGCGGGCGCAGUACCAGCAGAGGCGGGAUCCCAAGGACUGCGCGCUGCUCUACAUGGUUCUGGACCGCCGCUCCGUGCUGCACGGGCUGCUCAAGCUCAGCCGCGACGACCGCGACAAGAAACUGGUGGACUUCCUGGGGAGGGACUUCACGGAGGAGCGGCAUAGAGCAGCAGCUCUGAAGAACGCGUAUGUGCUCCUUUCGCAGCACCGCUUUGACCUCGCAGCCACCUUCGUCCUCCUCGGAGACGACAUCCCCUCCUCUGCCUCCGUGUGCGCCCGCAACCUCAACAAGCUGACCGAUGUGGAGCGGCACAGAGCAGCAGCUCUGAAGAAUGCAUACGUGUUGCUGUCGCAGCACCGCUUUGACCUCGCAGCCACCUUCUUCCUCCUGGGCGACGACAUUCCCUCAAGGAAUCCCCAGCUGGCCCUUGAGGAGCGGCACAGAGCAGCAGCUCUGAAGAAUGCGUAUGUGCUCCUUUCACACCACCGCUUUGACCUCGCAGCCACCUUUUUCCUCCUGGGAGACGACAUCCCCUCCUCUGCCUCCGUGUGCGCCCGCAACCUCAACAAGCUGACCAAUGUUCCCUCCCGCCCUCCCUCCCUCCCUCCCUUUCACUCCCACCGUCCCCUCUUCCAUUCUCCACUCCCUACCCCAACAGGAGGAACGGCACAGAGCAGCAGCACUGAGGAACGCGAGGAGCGGCACAGAGCAGCAGCUCUGAAGAAUGCAUACGUGUUGCUGUCGCAGCACCGCUUCGACCUCGCAGCCACCUUUUUCCUCCUGGGAGACGACAUCCCCUCCGCCGCCUCUGUGUGCGCCCGCAACCUCAACGACCCCCAGCUCGCGCUCGUGCUGUGCCGGCUGCGGGAGGACAAGGCGGGGGCGGCAGCAUAUUCAAAGGAUGUGAUUCAGCGGCUCUUGUUGCCAGAGGCUGUUUCGAAAGGGGACGCCUGGAUGGUCUGCACUCUCAAGCUGGCGCUCGUGCUGUGCCGGCCGAGGGAGGACAAGGCGGGGGCUGGAGCGUACUCGAGGGACGUGAUUCAGCGCCUGCUGCUGCCGGAUGCUGUUUCCAAAGGGGAUGCCUGGAUGGUUUGCACGCUUAAAGUGAGGCGUUUUGGUUUUGGAAUUGAAGUUCUUCCUCACUGCCAGUUCCUGCCUGCCCCGCUCGCAUCAUAUCACCCUGCCACACAUCUCCAAUCACAUCCUGCACAAGUGAAGCCAUGCCGUGCCUGCCCUGCCGCUCCAUCCAUCCCUGUCUACUCCCCUUCACAGUGGCUUAUGGGACAAAAGCUCGAAGCCCUCCAAGGCCUUGUCCUGUCCUCCCACUACAACACCAACACUCCCUCCCUCACUCGCUCCUCCUCCUCCUCCUCCACCACCGCCACUGCCAGCUCAGCACUCACCCCGUCGCACCCCGCCAUGUCAGCAGCCGAGCCAGCUGGCGCUGAGGUGGCGGCGUUCUGCGCCACAGUGGCAAAGAAGCCAGGUCUGGGGGAGGAGACGGAGGCAGUGCAGAGACUGGCAGCAGUGGCAGCAAUUGAGGCUGUAAGUGGGAGCGACCACAUGGGACUUGUGCUGCAAUCUGUGCUCGAAAUCACCAAGCAGAGGGGUUUGGGUCUGGUUCAGAGCGGUGCUGGUCAGGCGCAGAGUGGUGCUGGCGGUUUCAGUGGUGGGGCUCUGGAUUUCGAAGGCAUGAACGUAGGCUCAGGCAGCAAUGGUGCUGUAGGUUCAGGUGGACCUGGUUUAAGUGUUCCCAUGGGGGCAAUGGUCGGGAAGACAGUAGGUUCGGUACCAGCGGUAGUGGGGGAGGGAUGGGUGAUGCCUGCAGUGGUGGCAGCAGUGCAAUCAGCCAAGCUGCGGCAGCUGCUGAAGCAGAGAGCUGCUGCCUGCCUUGCUGCUGCUAGCGUGGUAGACGGAGAUGUUAAGAGCGGUGGGAGAGACGGGAGAGUGGGAGGAGGAAGAGGAGGAGGAGGAGGGAGGGGAGGAGGGAGCAGGGGGGUGUGUGAGGUGGUGGAGGAGGUGGAGGCAUGGGCUAAGCACUGUGCGAGCGAUCACACUGCUGCCCUCGCUGCUAUAUCCUCCCAGGCCAUAACGGCCUCUCAGCCAUUCACCUUAUGCCACGUCACGGCCCACAUGGCACAAUGGGCCAUCCCCAGGCCGCUCCCGCGCCCAGAUGCAAUCUCCACCGUCCAUCCGCCCCACCUUAUUGAAGAUCUACGCGCACAGCUGUGCAUGACCUUGCUAGAGCAGAAGAUAGAGGCGGAGGGGCGAGUAGUGGCUGCUCUGGCGCUCAUCUGCUUUGUAACUGCUGCCUGGAUGUCUCACCGCCCUCUCACCCUUGCUCGACUGCUCGAGCCAGUGGUGAGGGAGCGAGGCGGGGAGAGAGGAUGGAGAGGGGUCGGGGAAGGAGGGUUUGGUGAGAAAAUGGGGGGAGAUGGGGAAGGGGAGAGAGUCGUGCGGAGUGUGGGGGGGAGAUUAGGGGUUGGGGGGGUUGGUGGAGCGCCUGUGUUGUCUGGGGAGGGGGAGGAUUGCCUGGAGUGGUUUCUGGGGUUGGAGAGACGGUUGAAUGGGGGAGGUGGGGUGGCUGGCGAAGGAGGGGAGCGAGAGCAUGGAGGGGGGCUGGUGCAUACAGGAGGGGGUGUUAAUGGUGCAGGGGGGGAGAGAAAGGGAGAUAAGGAGAAGGAGGUGGGGCAGGGCACAGCAGAACUUGGGGGGAAGGAUGAGGAGGGCAGAUUCGUGAGACCUGGACGGGCGGUUGUAGAGGGAAAAGUGGUGGUCCUAUCAGAGGACGACAUGUGGCGCGUUGUGGGCACGUCAGUGUGGUCGCUAGUGGAGUGGUAUGUGAGGAAGCAGGCUGUGCCUCCGUCGCUUACUAGCCGGGCGUUCCAGUCGUUUGGGUGGAUGUCACCUGUCCAGUCAUACCUGCAGAACCACCACCACCAGCACCCACAGCAGCUGCAGCCUCAGCACCCGCAGCACUUGCAGCAGCAGCAGCAGCAGCAGCAGCAGCAGCAGGGUCGUUUGUUUGGGCAGCCCAGCCAUUCUCAGCAGCAGCAGGUGGGGCAGCAGGGGCAGGGGGGGCGCAGUCCCAUGCAAGCCCCCCCGGCUCACCCUCACCAUCUCUCCCACCUCCUUCCACAGCAUCACAACCACAACCAGCAGCAGCAGCAGCAGCACUGGCAGCCGCCGCACCACUUUGUUCCCUACAGCCCACCCCAAAGCGGCACCACCACCCCCACCCUCUCCACCCCUCCUCUCUCCCCCCACCUCCACCCCCACGCCCUUCUCUCCCCUGACCAGCACCAACACCAGCUGCUGCAGCAGCAGCAAUACCACCAUCAGCACCAUCAGCAGCAGCAGCCCCCACCUGCCCCAUCCUCUUUCUUCUCUGCUUUCUCCCGGCCUUGGACCUCCCCCGCUUCCCCUGCCCCCUCCUCCUCCUCCUCCUCCCUCCUCUCCCCCGCGCCCUCCCCUGCUCCCUCCCCCGCACCCUCCCACCUGAGGCCAACAGGGGCAGCAGGAGGGGGAAUGGCGGGAGCAGCAUCAGCAGCUGCUGCAGCGGCAGUGGCAGCAGCAGCCCAAGCAGCAGACAGGGCAGCGGGAGGGGGAAAGCAAAGGGCAGGAGCAGGCGCAGGGGCAGGUGGAGGGAGAGCUGGAAGCAAAGAGACAGCAGCGGAUCCAGCACACUUGUUUCACCAGGCGCUCCUACCAGACGCAUGUGCUGCUGCAGCAGCCUCUGACGCGCUGGUCCUCGCGUCUGCACGCGUGGCGUCUGCCCUCAGGCGCCAGCUGGCGGCACACGUCAGCACCCGCAUGCACAUGCGUGGAGGGGGUGUAGGAUCAGGAGCGCGGGGUGUGGGCACCAGAAGCUUGCAGCGUGGUGCUGCUGCUGGUGGCGGUGCUGGCAAUGGUGGUGGUUUGAAGGAGAAGGAGGAGGCUGUUUCUGCCUAUGCUCACCUGGCGUCCGUAGCAGCAGCGGAUGGGCUGCUCCAGUGGCUGGCAGAUGAACACUCGCUGCAUCACCGCCACCACCAGCAUAACCAGCAGCACGGGCAGCAGCAGCAGCACCAGCACACUCACCAGCAGCACAUGCAGCAGCACAAUCAGCAGCAGAUGCACAGCAGUGGUGGCCUGGGCCACAUGUCACGGCACCAUGGCAACAUACCCACACACCCAGACGCACAUGGACAUGGCGGCGCUGUUGCUGCUGCUGCCACGACCCAUGCAGCUUCCACGCACUCGCACCUGCCAUCCGCCCAUCCCGGCACAGCUAGCGCUGCAGCACCAGGAGCAGCAGGGAUUGCACCAGGCGCCACUGCAGGAGGACUUGCAGGAGGAACGGCAGGAGGAGCGUCAGGGGGAACAGCAGGAGGGACGGAUUUCAGCAGUGUAGCUCAUCAUACCCGCGUUGAGACGUGCCCGUUGCUCCCUAACGUACCCCAUACAGUGCUCGAGUUCCCUGAAUCCGGCCCUGUUUUAGUCCUUGCUGCUGCAACAGACGUUGCUUAUAUCGAAGCUGCUAGUAACGGGGCUGAAGCGCCUGGAGGUGCUGCUGCUGCUGCUGCUGGUAAGGCUGGUGGGAGGCUGGAGGGAGGUAGACCUGGGGUAGGUGGUACUAGGGGACCUUCCGUUUUGGGGAAAAGUGCAUUGGGAUCAACAGGGGUGGGAGGGGCGAGGGCAGGAGGAGGGGCGAAGGAUGAAGGGAAGGAUGGUAGGGGAGGGGUGGGAGGAAGGGGAGGGAAGGUUCUGGAGGAGGGAGGGACAUGUGAUUUGGGUGAGUGGGGCCGGGCGUGUGGCAAGCUUUGGCAGCUUGUGGUCGCUAAGGACAAGCUGCGCAGCGUUCUGGGCGUCGAUGGAUUCGAUUUUGCUGAGCUGGCAGCAUGGAGGGAGAGGAGGGAGGCUGACGUUGCAGCAGCUGAAAGGGCAGCUCGAAAAUCCGCCGCCGCAGCAGCAGCUGCAGCAGCAGCCGCGGCAGGAGGAGGAAAAGGAGGCGACGGAUGGGGAGGGGGAGGUGGAGGAGGAGAAACAGGAGGAGGCUGGGGCGGAGGAGGAGGUGGGCAGGGGAAGGUGACAGCUGGGGGAGGCGCAGGGGGGGGAUGGGGGGAAGCAGGGGGGAAAGGGAGGGGGGGGAGGGGGGGCACUGGGGGAGGAAUGGAGCGAGUGCAGACAGAGGCGCAGUUAAGUCUUGGGGUAGGGGGGUUGGGGUCAAGAGCAGUGUCAACACCGAGCCUGAUUGGUCUGAUUGAGAGGGAGAAGGAGGUGGAUGGAGGAGGAGGGAAGUGGGGAAGCGCAGGGGGGAGCAUGGGGGAUGUGAGGGAACAGGCGAGGAAGGCGGGAGCGAGUGAGGGCGAGCAGGGGGGGAGGGUGAAAGGAGGGGCAGGAGAAGAACCAGAUGAUAACAAGUCGGGUGAGGGGGGAGAGAGGGGAGAGGAGGAAGAAGAGGCAGGUGUGAGAUGGGUGAAAACAGCCCUCGGGGAGCCUCUAGAGGUGCUGAAAACGGGGGGAGAGUUACUGGAGGGCGUGUGUGUGAAUGCACUGAAUCCGAGGCAGGCAGUGGUGGCCACCAAUCGCAAGGGACUUCUCUUCUUUGACAUUCACAGUGCCUCAGCUUCCCACUCCUCUUCCGAGCACCUCAGUGCGUCUGCUGCUUCCUCUGGUUACUCUGGUUACCCUGGUGCUUCUGGUUACGGCAGUCAUGCUGCUGCAGCCGGCCCUGGCUCUGCAGUGUUUGACAGUCUCUGGGCGUCUGCCUGCUGGCCUGCUGAUAGCUACGCAGGCCGUGUUGCCACCCCCCCUCCUGCCCACUUCGCCCUCCUCACCCAUUCCCCUAGCGGCCGCAUGAACCUGCCCGGUUCUGCUGGUGCUGCUGGUGGUGGUUGGGGCGGGGGAGCAGGGCAAAGCGGGGAGAGCAUGGGAAGCAGUGGGGCCGGGAGCAUGGGAGGCGGAGGGGGAGUGGGUCGGCUGGGUGGGUUCGGGAGCAGCAGUUUCAGCAGUGCCAGCAUCGGCAACAACCCUGCAAAUACCUCCUCGCCCUUCUCCCCAAUAGGCUCGGCGGUGGGCAGGGGCGCGGCGGCUCGGGAUUCGUCUUAUGCGGGCGGCGUGGGGAUGGGGAUUCCGGGGUAUGGGGGGAUAGGCGCGUGGGGAUUGGGAUGGGAGGACUUGGAGGAUGCAGAGGAGGGGUAUGUGGACCCACCGGCCACAGCAGAGUCGGUGGCGGGGAGGGCGUUGGCUGCUCACCCCCUCAGGCCCUUCUUCCUGGUCGGCUCCACCAACACGCAUGUGUACCUCUGGCAGUUCGGUGCGCCAGCAGCCACGGCAACGUAUGGGGUGCUGCCAGCUGCCAACACGCCAGUGCCGCUGGUCAUCCCCUCUGUCACUGCCCUCUCCCUGCACCGCUACGGGGAGCGCUUCGCCACCGCUGCUGCGGACGGCACAGUGUCGAUGUGGCAGCUGGAGGUGGGGGGGAGGAGCAACGUGAAGCCCACUGAGACCAAACACUGCUUUGGGCGGAGCGCCAGUGGAGUGGCGUUCAUAGGGGCGAGCAGCAGUGUGCUGGCAGCGGUGGGGCAGAGCCCAUCGCAGGACAACCUGGUCGUGUGGGACUCCCUCGCCCCGCCCAACGCCUCCCGCGUUGCCAUCAACUGCCACCAAGGCAACAUCGCUAUCGUUGACAACACCAUCCCUGCUGCCGCCGCCACAGGGAGCACCGGGGGAGCAGCAGCACGGGGAGGAACAGGGGGUGGCAACGGAGGAGGAGGAGGAGGAGGACAGCUGUCGGCGUCUCAUUCGCUGAUCGUGACAGGCGGCAAGGCCGGCGAUAUCUCAGUGCACGAUUUCCGGUUCAUUGCGAGUGGCAAGAGCGGCCGCAAGGGGGGCGGAGGCGGGGGCGGGGGGAGCAAAGACGGAAGCAGAAACAUCAGUAACAGCAACAACAGCGGCGGCGGUGGCGGCAGUGGCAGCAGCGGCGGCGGUGCAGGCAGUGGUGCAGUGGGCAGUGGUGGUGGUGGUGGGUAUGGGGAUCGGGCGCUGUGGCACAUUCCCCGGGCGCACAGCAGCAGUGUGUCGGCGAUUCUAUCCCUGCCCGGCACGCCGCUGUUCCUGAGUGCGGGCAAGGACGGCGAGGUGAAGCUGUGGGACGCCUCGCGCUGCCAGCUGCUCAGGGAGUGGCCCCGCGUGCAUGAGAAACGCACUUUCCUUAAUGCCCGCGGCUUUGGAGCCGUCAUGCAGGUUGGUGUGAUGGAUAUGAUUCCCUCAACCCAUGGCCUUCUAACAUGUGGCGGUGAUGGGUUUGUCAAGCUCAUUCCAUUUAUUGCAUAA